ACACUCUUUAAGUCUUUAUUUAAUUGGGAAAAUAAAGAGCUGUCACUUUCAUACCUGAAACACAUUAGCUCUGAUGGCCUAUAUUUAAACUAAAGCUCUGUAGAGCUGAGGGUGAAUCAUUGCGGUGUACCUAAAAUGCAAAACAAGUGAUACUUUUUUUCAGUUGAGUGGAAAUUUCAUGCAGGGGUUAGUGGAACAGUAUGAAAUGAUGUGAAGAAAGCAGGACGGAAAACCCAGCAGCUCCUCAGAAGGUUAGUGCAAGACACAGGCAGCUGAAUUUAAGUCUCAACACUCUACCUGGGACAAUGGCAGCGGGAGGCUGGAUCUUCUUGCUGGCUGCAAUGGUGUCUCUGAAGAUCACUCUUGGACAUAACCACAGUGGGGGGACAGACACCUACCAUGUGAGUGUCGGCCAUCUCUUUCUGCUGCGCUGCCUCUUUGCUGACGCCCACACCAGCGUGACCUGGAGCAGAGGAGGGGGGUACAACCUGCCCACCGGAGUGGAAGUCAGAGACGGGUUACUGUGGUUUCUACCUGUUCAGAUGUCUCAUAAUGGAUUGUACACCUGUGAGAAAAGGGACAAGAAUGGAUUAUCAUCUAGGGUCACGUAUGGGGUGUCAGUGUCCAGUGCAGAGUGUCCUGAAACACUGGAGACGGUUCCCAUCACCGAUGGAGGUCUUCCUUGCAAACAGACAGAGAUCUUCAAAUUGAAUAACACAAGAAACAUACGAUGGAUGAAGGAUUGCCAGCCAGUGGAGAAACCCAUCUCGUUAGGAAAGAACGGUUUCAUGAGACUGUCUUCAGCCACAGAGAGGGAUGCUGGGAAAUACACCUGCCUGGUAGACGUCAGCGUGGACGGCAGGAAGUACACGGCUGCACGCAGCAUCCAGCUGACGACAGGCCAAUGUUCACUUUUUGACGAGCCUAAGGUGGUGUUCCCUCAGCGGGAAGUGGUUGUGGUAAAAAAGUAUCAGAGUGCAGAGCUAAAUUGUUUAGCCCUCAUUGGCCACUGUGAGGACAAUGAGACCGUUAUGUAUUGGACUGUUGGCGAGGCCUAUGUUGAGGACCACAAGGAACUUAAUGAAACUUCAAAAUUUACUUCCGACAGAGGCAGAGUGUACGGCCAGUCCACUCUGUCCAUCCCUAAAGUUCUUCCUCAGUUCCUGAAUGUCCCCAUUUCAUGCUACGUAUCAAACUCAGCUGGAAGCGGUGUCGGCGUGGUGUGGCUUCAAGAAGCUGACCACAGUGCCCUCUACACCAGCUUGGCUCUCUGCCUCGCCACCUCCCUGGCUGUUCUGGCCCUGGCCGCUGCCUUCCUCUUCUUUAAAGUCGAUCUGGUGUUAGUUCACAGAAAACUGCUCAGACGUUUUUCCAAACAACAAGCUCUGGACGGGAAGUUCUAUGAUGCUUAUGUGAGCUUCCUCCAACCCAACACGCUGAGUUCAGCUGAUACGGAAAGCUUCGCCCUGCAGAUCCUUCCUGAGGAGCUGGAGAGAAAACAUGGCUACUCGCUGUACAUCAGAGGACGUGACGACUGCCCUGGAGAAGCUGUGCAUGAUGUCAUUGCCACUACAGUGCGACAAUGCCGCAGACUCAUAAUCAUCCUGUCACCUACAAUAAAAUCCUCCACUGAUACCACAACAGAGGAUAGCUUGUUGCAUGAUAAUCAAAACCAACUGUGCUAUGAGCAGAAAGUUGGCCUCUACGACGCUCUGACUCAGAACGACCCUCGAGUGAUUCUGGUGGAAAUUGGUAGUCCGGUGGAUUAUGGUGUCCUACCAGAGUCUCUGCGUUAUAUCAAGAGGAAACAAGGAGCUCUGAAGUGGAAGAAAGCCUCCCUUCGAACCCACAAACUCCCCAAAUUGCACUCAAACAGAAGCUUCUGGAAGAAUCUGAGGUACCACAUGCCCUCAGUGCCUUCAAGGAGACUUCAGACUAUUGUUUAACUCAAAGAAGAGUUUUUUUCUCUGGAAUUUUUUUCUCAUCAUUUUGUUAAAGACACAUGAAGUUUACUGUACACAAACAAGAUUGGGCUUACUGGCAGCCUGCACAGUUAAGUUCACUUUGUGUGCAAUCAGGUCACAAAGUUUUCUGCUGGAUUCCUUCGUGAGACAUAACAGGAAUACUUUACUGACGACACAGUUUUGCUCCACAGAUAACAGACUUUAAUCUUGUUCUUCAGAAUAAAGGAGUCACCAGUAUAUUAUUUAUUAUUUAUACAUUACUAAUGUUGUUGAUAUUCAAGGCUGCUGUGUUUUGGACCCUAUUUGAUUGUGAGUCAUUAUGGCGAAAAUGGGAUCCUGCAGACGAAUACUUUAGUGGAAACUACAACACAAGUGUUACGUAGUAUUUUGCCAGUUGUUUAUAUUUCUGUCAACAUGAUAGAGUCACGACUGAAACUCUCAAGAUGUGAAGUUGAGAUCAAAUGAAGGCAGAGUUUAGAGAUGUGGACUAGUGUUCGACCCAUACAGGUUUUCACUGGCUUUUGUUGAUAGCAGCAAGGUUUUUAUAGUUAACGAAAACUAACAAAGUAACCAAAACUAGGAUUGAAAAAAAGCAUUUUUGUUAACUAGAAGAAGUAAAAGUUAAAAUGUUUUUUGAAAAACAAUAACUGACUGAAACUGUAUUGUGUGGUGACAUUACUAACUAAAACUAAAAUGUCCUUCGUUUCCGUCUAUGUCAAUUUUUUCAUACAUAAACCUCUUUGGUUGAUAUGAAAUCUAUUUAUUUAGCUCUGA